ACUAUUUGUGUUUGCUUUAAGUGAGAGUGAGGACAUCGCGGGCGCCCAGAGCCGUGGAUGGUCAGGAAGGUGUGCAGCCCCUCUCGGUGAACCAUGGCCUAUCAGCUGUACAGGAACACCACGCUGGGAAACAGCCUUCAGGAGAGUCUAGAUGAGCUCAUACAGUCACAGCAGAUCACACCUCAGUUGGCCCUUCAGGUGCUACUUCAGUUUGAUAAAGCUAUCAAUUCGGCGCUGGCACAGCGAGUCAGGAACAGAGUCAAUUUCAGGGGGUCUCUGAAUACAUACAGGUUCUGUGACAACGUAUGGACGUUUGUACUGAACGAUGUUGAAUUUAGGGAGGUCACUGAACUUGUGAAAGUGGAUAAAGUGAAAAUUGUAGCAUGUGACGGAAAAAACACUGGUUCCAAUACUGCGGAAUGAAUAGAACUGUGGUUUGUCUGCAAUAUUUUCUGUUAAUAUGCAGCACUUUCUGGAGAGAAGCAUGGAAAGGGACUGUUCAUCCUUAAUUCUUGUGAUGGAGAUGUGAGUUAAUCCAUACUAGAAAGCAUCACAGACUGGCAGUGGAAGAAAGACCUGUAGCAUUUCUUCAGUUCACCUUUUAGGGCAUGAAUACAAUGUUACUUUUUUUUAUUUUAAUUACAACAGAUACUGUUCCAUUUUUUGUUCAAAAUAAUUUCUGUAAUAAACUUUUAUUUAAAAACUUUU